CAGAUUUCUCUCCCCCUUGUUAGAAACCAACGUAAUUUGUGCAGCGUUGCUUUCAAUUUGCUAUAGGAGACAGGCUGAGAUGUUUGAUAGAGUCAGAGUUAUGUCUUCAAGUGACGCUCUUAUUUAAAGGCUAACUUUGACAACAAUCGGGCCAAUGUUUUGACUUUGUGUCUGAUCAAAUAAGAGAGAAAGAUGAUUGUGCCCUAGACACACUAAGUCCCUUUUGUUUUGUGAACACUUUCUUUGGAUUGGAUUACCUGGCUGAUUAUUAGUCGCAGUGCCUUUGUUUGGAUUCCAACAUUCGGAGUUGUAGAUAUUGCACUUUAUAUCAAACAUCAAGGGCCAGAUACUGUUCUUUCAAGAUUGGUCACAUGUAGAAUUUGAGUCGAUCACUAACUACUGCAUCUGGUGACCCUAUAACAUCACGUCACCCUAUAACAUCACGUGGCUCUAUAAACUCAAUAAAAUGAAUGACAGAGAGAGGAGUAGGUCCCCACGACCUAGCAGCACGACUUCACCUAGGGCUCACCUAGCAUCGCCCUCCUACAGCCGAGAGACCAGUGAAGGCAAAAUGACCAUUGACUUAACUUGUACUAUCCCUCAUUUAGCCACAUCAGCCAACAAAGGUCAUCCCACAGCCGGGAUUGGAGUGGACGAUCCAAGGUUCUCGCAACAAAUUCAGGAAGCUGUGUCCCAUGUACUGGACGGCUACGACUGGUCACUGGUCACAACUCCAGCUAGAAGUCAAAAUGGCGAGAAAAGGAAACCUCACAUCAAGCGGCCAAUGAAUGCAUUCAUGGUGUGGGCUCAAGCAGCAAGAAGGAAAUUAGCUGACCAGUACCCACAUUUACAUAAUGCAGAGCUCAGCAAGACUUUAGGGAAAUUGUGGAGACUACUCAAUGAAGGCGAGAAGAAACCAUUUGUAGAAGAGGCCGAGAGACUUCGAGUCCAGCACAAAAAAGAUCAUCCUGACUACAAGUACCAGCCCAGGAGAAGGAAGGCCCCUAAAGGGGGUAGCGCAACUUCCGGUGGGGCGCAUACUUCCAAGUCUUCCCAGGCAGGUCGAGACACAUCGUCUGCUAGCGAUGACUGUGACAGUGAAUGCUCCAGCCAACAGGGCAAUUCAAAUGGACCACCGACCCCGCCCGUUACACCUAACCAACAAGACCCAGUGGUUCUCAAAUGCAUGUAUGAGAGACGCGCACAUCGUGGCUAUAUUAUGGGACCAUCUGGACACCCCAUUGACUUUAGUAGAAUGGAUCUCAGCCCGGAAGUAAUUGAGCAGUUUGAUGAUCAAGAUCUUGACCAGUACCUACCCCCACCUGGGGUCCCCCAUCCCCAACAUCACCCUGACAGCAGCUACCCACCAUGUUACAUGAGUGGGCCUAUGCAGACAUCUGCCAAUUCUGGUUCCGGUUGGUCAUCUCAAUAUGGACGCAUGAGUGCACCGGGCACAUCGUCUUGCCUAACAUCCUAUAUGACUCAUGGUCCGACUUCGUCCUAUAAUCUGUCUGAACAAGGGCCAUCGACAACAAGGUCUCCUCCUCUGAACAGUACACCCGUUGGGAGCGCACCGCAGUCCUCGCCAACCAGUCUCUCUGGAAGUGAUAACUUUCUCCACGCCAACACAUCCUCUUCAGAAUGUAAAUACCCAAACGAUGAGAGCUGCUCGGUCAAAUUAGAGCAACAGUCUCACGGCAUGAGGCCAAUAACUCUGCAAUCGCAGUACCGAUGUGAUAGUAAAUAUGACCAGAGCUCCUACAACAGUAAUCAAGUUCGUUACGAGGGUCCCUACAACCACAUGUCCAGCCCUUAUUCUGCACAGAAUAGCCCCAGUCUCUUGUCCUCUACUGGCUAUCAAUACACCAUGGGGCUACAUAGACAAGGAAUGUUUAGCGCAAUACCGGCUGCGGGGCCUUCGGAACAAACCUGGGAGAGAUUUGGAUGAGUGCCAGUUUCAGAGAUAUCGUGUCCCUCCCCCUAACACUGAUGCAGUAGUUUCACAAGUUCAAUAGGGUUUAACUACUUGUAAAGUCAGCCUAAAAAAACAAACAAAUAACUAAUUUAUUUCUUCGAUCAAUGAAUGAAUUUUUCUGAAGAUAGCUAUUUUAGAUGUCCCACAGAAAAAAACAAAACUAUUUUAGAUGUCCCACAGAAAAAAAAAAACUAUUUUAGAUGUCCCACAGAGUCUGAUCAAAAUAAACUUUUUGAGGCUGUUAAAAUAACACCACAAAAAAGCUAAGCUGUGUAUCGUUCUCUGUCACAAGGGCACUGUCACUACAUGGUACAAGAUUAAAUGGUUUGACUUGUCUGAUGCUGACAGUGUACUAUCCAUUAUGGUUUGACUUGCUGACGGUGUACUAUCCAUUAUGGUUUGACUUGCUGACGGUGUACUAUCCAUUAUGGUUUGACUUGCUGACGGUGUAUUAUCCAUUAUGGUUUGACUUGCUGACGGUGUACUAUCCAUUAUGGUUUGACUUGCUGAGGGUGUAUCAACUAGUUAGUGAACAGAUGAUAUUUCGUGAACAUAAAUACUCCUUCUUGAAUCUCAUUAUUUUUGUAAAAUUGCUUUCAAUAUUUGGUUUCUAUAUGCCUCAGGACAGAGAUUAAGUUGUACACAUCAUGACCUAGAAAGUGUACCAAUGAAAACAUUGACACCAAGUGGUAUGUUCUAGCCUAACAGCCCCAACUUACUGGUACAUGCCUUCGGAGUGAACUAGUUCUAACUAACUUCUAACAUACUUCCCAGCGUGCAAAUCAAAAUCUAUAAACGGAGUUGAAGAUUUUUAUAUUUUUAUAUCUUGAAGAAUUUGAUUCGUGUCCUUCUAGAGAUCCAAGCAUAGAGCACAAUAGCUCGGAAUGUUGUUUCCAGGCAGCAACUCACAGCAAAAUAUUUCGAUAGACUUUUCUUUCACUGGCCUGGAAGUUUUAUGGAUGUUGAUUUGUACCUGACUUGUGUUUCAACAACAUAAUCAAACUCUUGUGAAAUGAUGUAAUCCAACUAUUUAUGUACAUAUUUGAUCACUGUUUUUGUUUGAUGUCAGGUUCUUAUUGGCUUGUGAAAGUAAACCUUUUGUUUGACACAUGAAUGAAACAUAAUACUUUCUGUUAGCUAGAUGUCUGUACAAAGCAUUAGGACAUCAACAUAUUUACAUAUACACCUUUUCGGAUGUUUAUAGAUUUAGCUCUUUGCAAUCAGUCAUAAGCGAAUUUUUCUUAGUGUCAAUAGAAAUAUAGCAUACAGUUGUUACAUACAUUAGUUCAGUGAAGACAUUAUUCUAUAAUUUAGCUGUUCAAUCACGUGGUCAUUUUUUAAUCAGCUAUUAUCUCUCUCUUUUUUUUUUGUUGAUUUUAUAUGUAUCUCAUUAAGUACUUUAUUUAUGAAUGUAUCUGAUCUAUUGGAAAUCUUUUUUAUGUGUGCAUAUUUAUAUCUAAUUAGCUGAGUCGAGCGUCGCACUGCACGCUGCACAUUAAAAUGUAAAUAUUAUUUUGUAUUUUGUACAAUUCUAUUUCAUCUCCAUCCUGUGGAGUUCAUCCAAAGUGUACUGACGUUGUGUUCUUGUUCUAUUUUAUUUACUACUAAGUAUCUACUGGCCAAUAUACACUAAUGCUCACUAUAUAUAUAUCUUUUAAUAUUAUACUUUAUAUUAUAUCAAAAAUAUCACCAAAAGAAAAAUGAUAUACCUGGUACAGGUAUAUCUAAUUAUUUUGGGUACAUUCAACAUUUUAACUUAUACCUAUGACAGACACUCUUAACUUAAGCAGGGCCGGUCCUACAGAUUGUGGGCCCUAUGCGAAACUGUUUGAGCGGGGCCUAGUCUGGGUAGGGAUAAGGAUAAUAAAUGAAAAUUAAGAUUUUGUAUUAGAAAAUACAUUCUUCUUUGGCUUUGCAUUUUAUACAUAAUAGGUACAAAAUUACGGUCAAAUUAACAGUAGAUGGUAGUUUUCCAACAAAAAGUCUAUAAACAUUUAGAACUGCCUUAUAGAUUUACUAUCGACUUGCAAAGACUUGCAAAAUAUCGCUUUUUCUUUUUUUUUUUUUUGUAAGAGAUCGAACUAGAUUCAGAUCUAUACUUAUAUUCCAGUAACUAUUAAAGUAAAUUAAGUAUUUGAACUUCGCCCUAUUAUUACGUUUUUAUUAAAUGAAAGCUGGCAAUGCCGUUUUUUUUUAUAGCGAGUAGGUUUGAAGUUUUUCAUAUUGAAUAUCGCCCCGAAAUGACAAUUAUAUCUGUGUUUCAGGAGAUUUUUUUGAGUUUUCAGAAGAUUUUAAUAAUUUCAGUAGGGACUUUUUGAAACAUUUUGCAAUUUCAGGAGAUUUCCAUGAGCUCUUGGAAAAUAAUUUACACCUAGUUCUAGAAUUAGGGCGGGGCCUAUGAAAAUGCGGGGCCCACUGCGGCCACAUAGGUUGCAGUGGCCUAAAGCUGGCCCUGCUCUUAACCUAUGACCUCUGAAGACUUUCCAACUGCCAUUGAAACGCCAUAAUCUUUCUACAUAACGCCAGCACAUAUCUACUGAAUGCCCUCUACAGUCAACAUUUCUUACAUAUUCAAUAAACUCACCGUUUCUACCCAUGA